GUCUGGAAGAUAUCGCUGUUUAGCGAUAAGACCGCCUGUUGUUUACCUCUUCUUUAUGUGUUGUAUCAUUUGUACUGUUUCUGUAUUGAGGUGUGCAAUAAAGAAUAUUUGUAUUGUAAUAAAUAUUGCACAUUCUUACACAAAUUGAUUAAACCCCAGAGAAAGCUCAAGAAGGCUUGUGUUGUGUCGUGGGUAGUCAGACAACGAUAAAUAUAAUAUAUAAAUACAAAUAUAUAGAAAGCAUCCAUGACUCAGGAGCAGAUAACCGUCUAUACUGGACUAAAGUUGUAUAAGUUUUACCUACUUCUAACUGUAUUUUAAAGGAAAAUACCAGUGAAAUCAAUUCCUAUAAAAUAUGUCGACAUUAGGUAAUGAAAUUGUGAUAUAGGAUAUAAAAUAUACGUGGGAACAUAAAACAGCAUUUGCUUAUUUAUUUAGUAAGUGAAAUGAACGAGAAGCUGAACUGACUGACUGAACUUACAACGAUGAAGCUAAAUCGGCGACAAUGACUUACGGGAUUAAGGUCGUUUUAAAGUAUUUAUUAUCACACCAGCUCGUAAAGUUUAUCUUUAUUAGUUAAAAACUGAUGGAAAAAGUAGCAUUUUAUCCACAAGAGUGACAAAGUAGUAGGUACGAUGCAAGUUGUUUCUUCAUGUUAGCUGGUGGCAUUGACUUUUAACUUGAUAUGACUAAAUUUGAUAAUUUACAUAAGAAGAAUUUGAUUAGUUUCUGUCGUCAAAACUGUUGUUUCACUUGUCAGCAAUGUUUGUUUAACCUUCGUGACUUGAAACUCUCGCAACGCUUAAGAUUCCACUUUUCAAACCCUUGUUCAAUUUUAUAGUCUUUGUGUUGUCAUACAAAGAUAAUAGAGCGAGUAGAAAUUUUGUGUGUGAAAAUUCUCGUUGUAAAAGUUCAUUUUGUCUAAAAGAACCAGUUUGUUCUAAAUCAAGGUUUAUUGUUUUAGGUUCUAGACUAUUAGACAUGCUAUGUGUAGCCAUAAUUAUACUACAAUCAACAUUGACAUACACAUCAGUGACCCUACCAUAUGUUACAUACUUCUGGCAAACGACAGAAGACAUUGACAAAGUCGACGACUACUGGAACCAUGGACCAAUAUACAUCCCUGGUCUACAAGAUGUUUUUACUCUCACUACUAAAGCACCUGAUAUUUUCCCCCCAUGGCUGACUAGAGGUACUACUCAAAGUACGCAAGCACCCAAAUAUGUUACACCACAAAGAGUAACUCCAUUUUCUACUACAACAACUCCAGUAGAAUCUACAAAAACAGAAAAUCUAACAACUGAUAAAUCAAAAACAAUUGAAGACACUAAAGAUAAGACAACAGCAAAAACUGAACCAAUAGCAACAACGAAUACAAUAACAACACAACAUAUAACACCAACAAUCCAACAAAGUGAAUCAGGAGAGGAUGGUGCAACAGAUCCGUUUUCAGUGUUUUUGAAGAAACUAUUCAGAAGUUUGUCAGUUAAGAGCCUUCCCGAAUUGCCGGCGUUGGUUGAGCCGUUUGUCACCUAUCUGGAGGAAUUAGCAAAUAAUGAACUCAACUAUCUCGGUGAUGUGAUCAUCCCAUUCGUAAAAAUGGUUGCACGGAAUAUUAGAAAUAUGAUAUCUACUACCCCUGACGUGUUGCACGCAAAAGUUUACCAAGUGUACAACGCGCUGGCCACCCGCAACACGCUGGACCCCGAUGUCCUCGGCCUGCUGUACGUGUUGGACGACACGUUUGUCGAGGCUGAAGAGGAAUUUAUGCAGAGUAGUCUACGCGACGUUAAACUGUUUCCUAAUUCAAAUAAAACUGGGAAAGAGAUUGCACAUGAUUUAGUUGAUAAUAUUAUAUUAGCGGCAAUAAAGAGGAUAUCUGGAACCUCAAAGGGUGAAACUCUGUCUCUUAUGGUAACAGACAUAAUAGAAAAAAGAAAGUCAAAUGCCAGGCGACAUCUUGAAACAUUAUCUGAACAUGUAACAGCUAACGACAAAGCAAGUAGUGAUAAAGAUGACACAAUAAACCGUCCAAUUCACAGACUUAAUAUUUCGUCAUCAAUAAGUAGUUACCACGGAACACAAAGGAAAAAGAAAUCUGUAAAUAACUGGUAUAAUAAAAAGACUCAAACUGAUGCCAGUAUAAUGUACGCACAAGCAUUAUACCAAACAGUAAGGAAUAAUUUAAAGGAUAUACGUAAUCUUAUGGAUAAAGUUAUUAUAUCGUCAUCAGAAACCAACGAAUACGAAUUAAGUGUAGACAGUGAAAGUGAAGACAAUGUUAGAAGUACACCACUUACUCCUAAACAGACUGAUAAUAUUCACUUUCGUAUCAACAAAGAAAGUAAGUCAUCAGAAUAUACCGAUUCUGAAGAAUUGCCUAAACUGGGCAGUAAAAAUAGUAAAAAACAAGGAAGAACAAGGGUUUUGUCGGAAGAUUGGGAACAUUUUAUUGAAGAAUAUAGUAAAGCUCACAGUGGUCAUGAUGAUGUGGGAUUAGAGGAUUGUAUUGACUAA